AUGGGCUCGAUCAACUAUUACCCCUCUCCCGCCGCCGAGCGCGCGCCGUCCGAGCUCGAGGCGCUCGUCGCGUCCAAGGCGCGGCGCGAGGGCGUCGAGCUCGCUCCGGCCGGCGCGCUGGGCGUGCACGAGCUCGGCGCGGACGAGGACGAGUACGACGACGACUUUUUGAGCGAGGACGAGGACGACGAGACGCGGUUCGUCAACUUUGCGCUGCUGUCGCACCUCGCCGUGCGGCUGAGGGACAAGGUCCCGCGUGGGACGCACGUCAAAGGCAGCAUCCCCUACCCGCGCGCGUUCACGGGCCGCGAUAUCGUGUCGACGAUCCAGGCGCAGAUCCAGCGCGAGCUGCUCAUCAACCAUGGGAUAUCGACGAGCGACCGCCGCGCGGCGCUGCUCAUCGCGCGGUCGUUGCAGAGCCAGCUGUUCUUCUACGAGGUGGAGUGGGGAGGACGUGUGUUGCAGGAUGGGGUGGAGGACGUGUAUAUGUUUUUGGACGAUGCCGCGGGCGAGGAGCGUGAGGGAAGGGAGCAUGUGCCCAUGGAACGCGAGGAGCUUCCGACUGGUGUAGUGACGCUGCUCACGCCGUGUUACUCGGCGCUGUGUAGGCGCAACACGGAGGAUGGGGAGCCGUGCUACGCGUUUGGGUGUCCCAGGAGGACAUCAAUGUUACCGCCGAUCACCGUCCAGGCGGAGGCACCGGAGAUCGUGAGUAAGGAGGAUUGGUCGCUGACGGUACCGCCAGAGGUGCUCAAGUCGCUCCCGGAGAGCGAAGUCAACCGCCAGACGAUCAUCCACAAAAUCAUCAGCAAGGAACGCCAAUACGUCCAAGAUCUUGACCUUGUCGAAUCGCUCUUCAUUCGACCGCUCCGCGCGGCGCGGCCACCGAUCAUCCCGCGCGACCAGGUGGACGACUUCAUCGAGGAGGUGUUCGGGAACGUGCUCGACCUGCGGGAGUGCAACCGCCGGCUGCUCGAGACGAUGUACGUCCGCCAGCGCGAACAAGCGCCCGUCAUCCAGCGCAUCGGCGACGUGUUCCUCGGCGCCGCGGCCGAGUUCCGCCUCGCAUACCCGAUCUACGUCGGACACCUACCGCUCGCGGAGAAGCGGAUGAAGGAGGAGAUCGAGUUCAACGUCGACUUCAGGCUGUUCCUCGAGCAAUGCGCGCGCAACCCCGAAUCGCGCCGGCUCGACCUGAAGCACUUCCUCAGUCGGCCGUCGGAGCACUUGCAGAAGUACCCGGUGUUGCUUGAUGCGGUGUACAAGGAGACGGUGGUGGGCAACCCGGAUGCGGACUUCUUGCUCGAGGCGAUCCAGGCGAUCAAGAGCCUACAGACGGUCGCGCAGCUGUGGACCUUCCAGUCCGCGAUGUGCAAGGGCCCGACGGGCAAAUUUGAGUGGUUCGACCUCGUCCCAGAGGACGUGCGUAGCGCGAUCCCGAAGAAGGAGGCGAAGCGGCAGGCGAUCAUUUUCGAGCUGAUCAAGGGCGAGAUGGGCUAUGUCAAGGAUCUUGAGAACAUCGAGCAUAUGUACGUGACGCCUCUGCGCGCAGCCGACCCGCCGAUCUUGCCGGCGUUCCGCCUCGAGCCAUUUAUCAACGACGUCUUCCACAACUUCAAGGAGCUCUUCCACCACCACAAACGUCUCCUCUCGCGCCUGCACGAGAUACAGCGCGAGCAGCACCCGAUGAUCAAGAGCAUCACAGAGGCCGUGCUCGAUGCGUUCUUGAAUUUCCGCGAGGCUUACCUCGAGUACGUACCCAAUUACCCGAUCGCGGCUUACCGCAUCGACGACGAGAUGGGCAACAAUCCCGCAUUCAAGGCAUUCGUGGAUCAAUGUGUGCGGCACCCAGACGCGCACCGGCUGGAUAUGAAGAGUUUCAUCAACAGGCCGAUCCCGCGUCUGCUCCGGUAUGAGCUCCUAAUGAAGGGCAUCCUGGACGAGACGCCGGAAGACCACGUCGACCGGGACGCAAUCCCGCAACUUCUCGAGGUCAUCAAGGCCCUCGGAAAGGAGACCGAGCCCGGUGUCGCAUCCGCGAAGCAGAAAGUCGAGCUCUGGCGGUACAACGCCAACUUGGUGUUCAAGACCGGUGAAUACGUCGACCUCGACUUGUUGGAUGAGAGCAGAUCUCUGAUACACGCUGGCAAACUGCUGCGGCAGCCUGAGAGCGGUUUCGAAUGGAGUGGAUGGAGCGAGCUUUUCGUAUUGUUGUUCGACAACUACCUGGUAAUGACGAAGCCGCGAGAGAAGGAAGGGCUGACUAAAUACCAUGUCACGCGCAGACCCAUCCCAUUGGACCUCCUGACCUUAUCAUCUUUCAACGAUCCGCCGACUCAACGCUCAACCGGUCUCCUGCGAAACUUGCGUGGAGGCGAAACCGCCAACAACGGACCCGAUAGCGCCGGCGAUUCGCGCGCCGUCUACCCAUGCACUAUCUACCACAACGGGCGAAUGGGUGGUUUGUAUACAUUAUACGCCGAUUCGGCGCAGGUCCGGACGGAGUGGCAGGAGAAGCUUAACCACGCGCUCACCCUGCGCAAGGCCGUGCAGGAGAACAACAAGGUGUUCGAGAUUGAGACGCUAAGCGCGGAGACCUUCCUGGUGCCUUCGAUGCAGGUCGGGGCUGCCCAGCCCUCCUGGAACCACGACAGCACGUUCACCGGCAAGGUCACCUGUUCGGUGCCAUUCAAUACUGCCGAUGGCCGUGCACUGAUGGCGAUUGGGUGUGCCGAGGGUGUUUGGAUCGGAUUCCGUCACGAUGCAAGGUCAUUGCGCCGAGUUUUGCACUUGAAGAUGGUGACACAAUGCGCCAUGCUCGAAGACUUCGGCAUAUUCUUGGUCCUGGCAGAUAAGUCAUUGUUCGCAUACCAUAUCGAGGCCCUCGUACCCUCGUCCGUGCAGAGCGUAAACAACUCGCAGACACCUCAAAAGCUUAGUGGGACAAAAGACGUCCACUUCUUCAGUGUGGGCAAUCUCAACGGACGUACGUUGGUGAUCUACAUGAAGAAAAAGAAUCUGGACUCCGUUUUCCGUGUGCUGGAGCCUGUCAUCGGCAAAAUCAACGAAAAGACCAGACCCCAGGCUUCCUGGACAACGCGCCUCGGAGUUGGGAAGCAGCGCUCGGAAUGGUUCCGGAUCUACAGGGUGAGUCAACACGACCCCACGUCUUGCACGGACUUCUUCCUGCCAUCCGAAUCCUUCGACCUGAUCUUCCUCAAGGCGAAGAUUGCUAUCUUAUGUACCAAAGGAUUCGAGAUCAUGGAUCUCACAGACUUCAAGAGCGUGACGAUCCCACAGCGGGAUGAUCCUCGGUUGGAGAAGCUGGCGAAGCGCUGCGAAUCGUGCAAGCCUGUCGGGAUGUUCCGGUCGAACGAAGACGAGUUUCUUUUAUGUUAUGACGAAUUUGGUUUGUACGUCGAUCGCCACGGAGACCCUAGCCGGAAGGUCUUCACUGUGGAAUGGGAGGGCACGGCCGAGAAGGCCGCCUGGCACCCACCGUACAUCAUGUUAUUCGACAGUCGCUUCAUCGAGAUCCGCCAUGUCGAGAACGGACGGCUGGUGCAGAUCAUCCCGGGCAACGACGUGCGAUGUAUAUGGGACGGGCGCGGGGCAAAUAUCCUCCCCGCGACAACUCCGGGGCCGGAGGGAUGGCAAGACGGUGCAGAUCAAGAUGCUCGCGUUCACGCCGUGAUGAACGCCCCGGAUACCGUCAUGACUCCAGGCAGGACGCGCGCCACAGCGCAACACGUCUUCGAACUCCUACCUACGGUGCCUCUGUACCUUCCCGGGUCACUCAACUCGCCUUCACAGACGAACUACUUCCCGAAUUCGCAGUCCCCACCGCACUCACCGCGUCUAGCGCCGUCGAUGUCAAGUCACGCGCCUUCGAACUACGUCACGGCAUCUUCGUCCUACGUCGCGACGCCGUCGACCUUCUACGCUCCGACGCCAUCGACUGCUUAUGCUCCGUCACAGACGUGGCGAUAA